CAGGCCUCGCGGCGUCCGGCCGCCGCGCCGAGGGCCCGGCCGGCCGCAGGGGGACCGGGACUGCAUUGCCUUGAGGUUUCUGCGAACGCUGGGAGGCAGCAAUGGCAGGUCCCAAGGCGGAAGCAGAGGUGCUAGAUAUUCUCCGGCUGAACGUGGGUGGCUGUACGUACACAGCCCGGCGUGAGUCCUUGUGUCGCUUUAAAGACUCUAUGCUGGCGUCUAUGUUUAGUGGUCGUUUUCCUGUGAAAACAGAUGGAUCAGGGGCUUGUGUUAUUGACCGUGACGGACAUCUCUUUAAAUAUCUUUUGGAUUAUCUUCAUGGAGAAGUUCGGAUUCCCACGGAUGAGCAAACUCGAGUGGCCCUUCAGGAAGAGGCUGAUUACUUUGGCAUCCCUUAUCCAUACAGCUUGUCUGAUCACUUGGCCAAUGAAAUGGAGACAUAUUCUUUAAGGUCAAAUAUAGAACUUAAAAAGGCUUUAGCCGACUUUUGUGAUUCCUAUGGUUUGGUUUGCAAUAAACCAACAGUUUGGGUUCUCCACUAUCUUAACACAUCUGGUGCGAGCUGUGAGAGUAGAAUUAUUGGUGUAUACGCCACAAAAACUGAUGGAACAGAUGCUAUUGAUAAGCAGCUGGGAGGAAGAAUUCACAGUAAAAGCAUUUUUAAAAGAGAGGCGGGAAAUAAUGUCCAGUACAUCUGGAGCUAUUAUUCAGUAGCGGAGUUGAAGAAAAUGAUGGAUGCUUUUGAUGCUUGGGAAGGAAAAGGUGUUAGCUACUGGCGGGUGCCCCACGAACUCAUAGAAUGCUGGACCCUGGAAGAGCGGCCUUUACUGGGUGGUCUGCAUCACAUGGCUCCUGUUCGAAAGAGGCGGCUGACAACACUCCAGGAAGAGGAAGAGGAAGGGGUGAGCUCUAAGGCCGGCCCGAAGCCUGUCAGAUUUCUGGGCCCUUCCACGAGCACCCAGAUUAAAGUUAAGAACUCAGCUGCAGUCAGGCUAUCUCCAGCUGGUGCCAUUCGGACCCCACCUCGGUCAGCGACACAUUGGUCUCCGCGCGGCACAUCCCCUCGGAGCCCAGGGCCUGGGCACUCUCAGGCUUCCCUUGAGGGAGAGAAUGCUGAGAACGGAGCUCUGCCCCCGCCUCCAGCCAAGGUGCUGCUGUCCGCCAAGAAGGCUACUCCUCAUCGAGUGAUAAAACUGAAGAGGACUCCACUACGUGCCGCCCUGCCUUCCCUGCCCACUCACGCCACGGGGAGGCCGGCCAGCUGCCCUGAACCGCCAGCUCUUGAAGCUUCCUCCGCUUUGGGAGUGCAGACUGAAAAUGGGAAAGACCAGGCUAACGGAUAAAAAUGGUGCGCUCCAAACUUCCUGUUUCCCUCCCAGAGCUUCCAGCCCCUUUGAUGGGAAUAAGUGUCACUGUUCUUGAAACAGCAGGGGACUUACUUAGGAUUAUUGUUUUUUUAGAAUGAUUCCAGGAAAAAGGAAUUGGGUGAAGGUGGAAUGGAGGAGAGGAGACUUUUAAGUGGUUGGGGUUAUGGUCACUUCUCAUUUUCCCAACUUUUUAGUAACUGAUUAUCUAUGGGCACUUUGCAUUUCUGGUUUCCAGUGUGUUUUGUUAAGCAGUUAAUUGGUACUAGGUUGACAAAACGUACCGCAGAGGAGUCACUGGAGAGAUCUACUUGGUUGCUGAAAUAACUGUCAGCUCUAGGCACUCUUGCCAUGUUAGUUAUGGUAGCCCAGGGACAGCUUGAGUUCUGGCUUAGGGAUUCCUGGCUGGUGAGAUGGAGUGAUGGCAGUGCUUCUCUGUGCUGUAUCCGCCCAGAGGGAGUCGAGAGAGCAAGUGGAGGUCAAGGCGGGCUGUCUCCACGUCACUCUCAGUCUUGAAAGACAGCAUGAAAAGAAAUGAAGGGUGAGAAAACAGACAGUGAUUUACUAUGACACUAUGAGUCUCACUUAAUUGAACUCCUUUCUUUCCUAGAUUGGCUGUUCUUACUCUUUUCUGUUAGCGGGUUUAUUUAUGUACACCAAAAGAAGAUUCCUUGUGAUAAGAACAGUAAACAUACCUUGGAAUAAGUUGUUGAGACAUUUUGAUUUGAAUAUGAGGUUUAAAAAUUCCUUUGAAAGCAGAAGUUAAAAAAGUUUAACUUUUUAACUAAAAAUAUUUGUUUUUCAGAAAUGACCACUGAAGAGUCAUUCUGAUGAUACUACAUGGUUUGUAUGCAUAUAACUUGAAUUUAACAUUUUUACAGAGUAUUUUGAUUAAUCUAUUUUUUCAUAACUAUUCAGCUGUGUGUGUUUACUUUCACAUGUCAUGUUUUGUAAUUGGAUCACAUAUUUCUACUUCCAGUGAGUGCUUUUCCUUCAGUGUGUUAAAAAUAAAUUCAUCAAGCAGGGUGCUUUUUACUCAAAUGGUUAUCAUAGUACUUGCAUUGCCUUGAAAAAGUAAAUAUGCAUUACUUUCUACAAAAUAAAGGAAAACUUUUCCAUAA